UCUCUACCGUGGAACCUGUUGAAUAAUCCAUUACAAAAGCUUUUUUCCAAGAGUAUAAUGUCACAAAGACGUAAAGUGAGCUGAGAGUAUAACACGGAAAGCUGUCACAGCCAUGUCACCCCCUCCCUCCUCAAUCUCAUAUUCUCUCUCCGUCUCGCUGUUUGCUUCACUCUACUGCUCUUUCUCACACAUAUACUUUCCCUCGUGUUCUUUUUACCUUUCUUUUUUUGUGUAUCUGAUCUGGGCAUGGCUUUUCCAUUCUGUACAGGAUGAGCAACAGCACCUCUUCCCCAAGCCAAUGUGAAGGGCUCUUGGGAACACGUGUACUGGUGGCUACGGCAUACUCUGUCUACUCAGUAUCUGGCACUUUGGCCAAUGUUUUGGUAAUUUAUCUAGUCUGCUCAUUCAAGAAACUCAAGACGACUAGUAAUGCUUUCAUCGUGAAUGGUUGUGUUUCAGAUCUUCUAGUAUGUGCUUUCUGGAUGCCUCAAGAAGCAAUAUUAAUAUCCACUGGUCGACUGGAGAAUCCCUCGUACAGGGUGUUCAUGGAAGGGGUGUUUUUCCUGUGGAUGACAGUGUCUCUCUUAUCGCAUUCACUGAUUGCAUUGAACCGCUUUGUUCUCAUCACCAAACUGCCAACGGUUUACCAUACUGUGUAUCAGAAGAGGAACACAGAGUGGAUGAUUGCCAUGGCUUGGGUAUUGCCCCUUGCAUUCUUGCUUCCUUGGCUUUUUGGACAAAGACCGUAUGACAUUAUUUUUCCUUGUCCGCAACUCAGACUUUAUGUGUUUUGGGGUCAGGAGGUCCCAGUGUCUAGUUCCUACACGGCCAUCCUUUCCGCCGUCACAGUACUGAGCCAGACAGUCAUCCUUUUCCAUUGCUACUUCCGCAUUUUCAGAAAAGUGCAGGUCAGCCUGAAGCGGGUAAGUGUCCUCAAUUUCCAGGUGGUCCACAACUUGCCCUGUUCUUGCCCUCGUAAGGACAAGCGUCUGGGACUGUACGUGCUGAUUGUGUGCUGUGUUUUCACCCUGACCACAGAGCCCUUUGCAUGGUCAGUCCUUUAUGCCCUGUUCCAGCCUUUACCCAGUGGGAUUGUUGUAGGCAGCUGGCUCCUGCUUUGUCUGCUGUUUGUGCUUAACCCCUUCAUCUACACCUGGAAGAACGAAGAGUUUCGAAGGUCAUUUCGAGCAGUAGUUGGGGGCGAGCUAUGGAAAAGCUCUGCAAACGCUGCUGACCCAGCAGUUCAAACAAUAUCGCAGAAUGAUCCAUGAGUGGUAUGUCAUCCAUGGAUUCUCUAGAGCACCACUUAAUCCUUUUGGGAAGGAAGCUACACAGAAUCUCAGGAGCAUCUGACUCAGAAAUCGAAGCUUGUUCUUGUGUUGCCUCUGUUCUCGUCACAUUUGUAUUGAUGGUUACUAUGGAAACAUUCUGCAUUCAUCCCCUCUCAGCUCCAUGGGCCGGUGUGUAUGAGACCACUGUGGACUACACAGGUUGAAAUUUCACUGUGUAACAUAUACUAUUCAGUAUUAAUGCAGCUUCCACUAUGGGAGUUUUCAGAAAAACUGAUCGUUUUAGUUAAUUAAAUAAACCAUGCAGUAUUUUUAUUUUGCCAAAACAGUGAAAAGAUAUGUGCCAAAAUAUAUGAGUAGCUUUAAUUUUUUGCAGUCGUUGGGGAAAAAAUGAAUCAUUUGUGACAGUGGUACAUGAAAAUAAAAUAUGUUUG